AUCUUCUCCACGGCGAAGAGUAACCAAAAAAGCUUCUUCUUCUUCUUCCUACAUAGCUCUGUAUAAUCAUCUCAUGGUCUUUCGAUUACUAUGAAGGCUUGCAACUUCAUGUGGCCUUCCACAUCACCCAGAUUCACCAUCACCACACCUUAUCCACACCCCGCGUACACUUCACGCGCCGCCUCUUUCUUACAGGUGAAAGCCUUCCAACGCGGCGACUUUGACCGUUUCGCUGAUAACGUUAAGUCCGGAAAAGCUUGGAGAGACGCGUGGAGAAGCGCUAACGAUGGAUUCGAGCAAUUCGUUUUUGAGGCUAAGAAGACUGCUGAGCGAAUUGAUCGGCAAUACGCUGUUUCUCGCCGGUUUAGCUCCGCUGCUAGUUCUGCUGGUGACCGUGCUCGUGAGAUUGAUCGUGAGUUUGGGAUUAGUCCUCGUGUUAGAAGUUUCUCUGCCGAUUUGAGUAGAAAUUUCCCCAAGUACAGGAAGCAAUUCAGUGCUUUCUUGAAUACACCGCUCGGUGGAAGUUUUGCUACUAUUUUCUUUCUUUGGUUUGCCCUCUCUGGAUGGCUGUUCCGAGUAAUAAUAAUCGCGACUUGGGUUCUUCCAAUUGCUGGCCCUCUUCUCAUUGGUGCAGUGGCCAACAAUUUCGUCAUUAAGGGAGAAUGCCCAGCAUGUAAGAGGCAGUUCAUAGGAUACAAGAGCCAAAUCAUCAGAUGCGAGGGAUGUGGGAACAUAGUGUGGCAGCCACAAGGCGACUUCUUCUCAAAAGAUGGCAACAACAACAAUAACAGCAAGGGAAACUCUAAAAAGCCACCUAAGUCCCAAAUCAUUGAUGUUGAUUUUGAGGAGAAAUGAUGAUUAGAGAGAGAGACCGAUAAAGAAGAGACGAGAAUGAAGCAGAAGGCUCUCUAUUGUUGCACUAAUACUCAAGUGAAGAUAAAAAAAAAUGUGUUUGUAGCUGAACCAUUUACUGUUUUUUGUCUGUUUUGAGCUGUAGCAGUCGUAUUGCUUGUUGUGUACAUGAUAAGGUUUCUUUGUAGAUGAACAAAUGUAGUUUCCACAA